AUGAACUCAAAGCGUUCUUUCGACUCUGUCACCAAAGCUGUACUGAAUGCUGUGAAAAAGUGCGAGGAUAGUCCAAAGGGAUCUUUCAAGUACAUCUACGAAUCUAACGAGAGACUGGAAAAUGUUUGGACUUUGCUAAAAACUCCCAUACUGCCGCAUGUCAUACAAAUCACCUUUUUCAAAGGCGAGGUAGAUUCUAAAGCAUUGCAGAAAAUGGUUGGUAUGAGUUCAAAGACCUAUGAGACAGAAGUUUUGGAAAUGACAAAAACGCAAGAAAAGAGAUUAGGAAUUUUUAGUAAAUUCAAGCUCUGUCAAACAGGGAUAAGUGCCAUUUCACUUUUAAAUGACAACAUGGCGAUGAUUCGUGAGCCUGGAACCGCUAGGGGUAUCCAACGCCUGAAAAUUAAAGAUGACCUGAGUCAUGACGUCUCUGAGCCCAUCUCUUUGCCACAAGUUGUGAAUGAUUUAUGCUCUUUUAACCAUAAGGUAACACUCGUCACUUUUGAAGGAAAAACAUGUAUUGAAAUGGUUUAUUCUGAUGGAAAAACUACAACGUUUGCAGAUUUGACUCCUUUGUUUCCUAUUGGUCUCUGUAAAUCUCCAAGUGGAGAAAUCCUUGUCACCGUCGUGGAUAGUGACGAAAGAAAAAUCACUGAAAAGAGCGUACGCGCAAUUUUUACGUUAUCUUAUUCUGGUCGCGUUCUCAAGAAAAUCGAGUCCUACAAAGGCAACAGGAUUUUUACAUGGCCAUACAAAGUCAUAGAAAAUCAUCUUUAUGGAGAUCUCUUGGUCAUUGAUUUAAUGGAGUUAACAGAUCGCAUUGUCUGCGUGAAUCGUGAUGGUAAAGAAAUUUUCUCGUACUCUGGAAACAUUUGUCCAAAGUAUCCAAGGUUAAUGGCUGCCCAAGGUCUUGCGUAUGACAAGCAAAGUAAUGUGUAUAUAUCUGAUGCUAGAAAUUGUGUUAUACACGUUAUAAGUCCAGAUGGAAAUUUUCUAAGAUUUGUGGAAAAUAAUAUUGAACGCUUCUAUUCGCCCUGGGCUUUGGCAGUGGAUAAGAACCGCCUUUGGAUUGGGACUUCAAAUGGGAAUAUGUAUCUUUUGCCUCUGAGUGGACCAUCCGAGGGUGAUACGAAGGACGAGAUCAAAAUAGAGGUGUGA